GACAAAUCCUAUUGACAUAUAAUAAAAAGUGGGCAACUACGUGAUAAAAAACAAGAUUCCGCAGUUUAGUUACUAAAAAAUCAAUCUAUAUUUCCAGUAAUUAUUUACAAAAUAAGUUUGUUCGUGUCCACAAUAACAAAACAAAUUAUUGGAAGACCAACAUAAUAGGUUUUUUGGUCUUAUUAACAAGAAAAAUGGGCACAUUUACAGUUAAGGUCCUUUAUGACUUUCAAGGAGAAUCGAACACUGCGGAAAUGAGUAUUGUUGCAGGUGAGACAUUAACUGUAACAAGAACUGAUGUUGGGGAAGGUUGGUGGGAAGGUCACAAUUCGAGAAAUCAGUCAGGUCUAUUCCCUGAAGCUUAUGUAGAGAAAACUUCAUCAUCUCAUCCUCCAAACAUUCCAGCUCCUGUAUUGCCUCCACAAAAUGACUGGGGGGAUGCUCAACAAAAUAAAGAAGAUUGGGAUGAUGAUGAUGAUUGGGAUGAUGAUACUGUAUAUUCGGAAAUUGGCAACAAUCAUGGUCAAAGUCAAAGCAUUUACAGCAAUGAACAGAACCAGAACCAAAUAUCACAUCAAUUUGAUAAUAUGUCAUUAGGAAAUAUUAGCACUGCGGGAGACAAUAAAGGUACCAUUACCAAGAAGAGUUUAAACAUAUUUUCCUCAUAUGUCAAAAGUGGAUUAGAAGGAUAUAUUUUAGGCAAUUCUGCAAACUUACCAGUAGGAAAUAAAAAAUUUACAAUAUUCCGAGAUAGUGACGAUAUUCUAGGAAGAUGGGAAAUAAUGUCAAAUCCCUACACUGUUCAAAUAGCAUCUCCCAAGAAAGCGACCAAAAUGGGAGGACUCAAGUCCUUUAUAGCAUAUCAACUGACACCGUCAUUUUCCAAUGUAGAAGUAUCUAGGAGAUAUAAACAUUUUGAUUGGUUGCAUGAUAGGUUAACUGCCAAAUUUAAUGUGAUAGCAAUACCGCCUUUACCUGACAAACAAGUAUCUGGUCGGUAUGAAGAACAGUUCAUAGAACAUAGACGUGCACAACUCCAAGAGUUCAUAAAUUAUAUGUGUAGACAUCCGGUGCUCAGUACGUGUGACGUCUGGGUGCACUUCCUUACAUGCACAGAUGAAAAACAAUGGAAACUCGGUAAAAGAAACGCUGAAAAAGACCAAAUGGUAGGUGCGAAUUUUUGUAUGUCCAUCGAAGCGCCGGAAAAAGACAUUUUACCGUCUUUAUCGGAGCCUAAAAUAGAAGAAAAUCUUAAUUAUAUCAUAAAGUUAGACCAGUGUAUAAAGAAUUUGAUGAAUACUGCGCAAGAUCAACAGAAAAAAUGUGUAAAUAUGUAUAAGAGGGAGUUCAUGAGGAUCGGUGAAUGUUUUUUCGCUUUAGGUUCUUCUUUUGAGUAUAACCAACAAGGAAUGUAUUCUAAAGCUUCCGUAGAUGUAAAGAAUAUAGGUACUACAUACAUGACGAUAGCCAAACUAUAUGGGGAACAACCAAAAAUCGACUGGCAGCCUCUAUUUGAUAAACUGUACAUCUACAAAGGCAUUACGAGCGAUCUACCAGAUAUUUUAAACCUACAAAAGCUCUCUGAGCAGAAAAAGAAAGAUUGCGAACGAAACGCGCAAAAUCCUCAAACGGCUAUUGCUGAUAUCCGAAGAAGAGCUGAUGUUUUGACUUACACCGUAUUUGCUGAAUUAAAUCACUUCCAAAACGAAAGAGACACUGACUUAAGAUUAACAAUGAAGACUUUCCUACAGGAGCAACUUAAUUUUUACAAAAACAUCGUGCUCAAAUUAGAAGAAACGUUGGAUAAGUUUGAAUAAGUCCUUGCCUAGUUCAAUUCAGUUCUUUAUAUUUUUAUAAAAAUAUAUGAAGUGGCAAUGCCAGAAGAGAUAAGCAAUAAUUUUGAUAAAAAAUAUCAAUGCUAGUCAAAUUAAUAUACCUGCUUAUUUAUUUAAUUGUUUUACUAUGAAACUUUUUUCUCGUAAUGAUAACAUUUCGAUAUUAAUAACCUUUUAACACGUUGAAGGCCAUUGUAUUCACGUGAAUAAAUAUAAACUUAUGAUGUCUACAGAUUGAGGGAACGAAUAUUUAUAUAGAUUUUAUGUUUUUAGUUCACGUUGGUUUAAUGUUUUGAAUCCGGAGCUUUCUAUCUUAAAAGUAUCAAAUGAGACUUUAUUUUUAAUCUUCUGUUUACAUUUUAACAGAAAAAGUUCACUCAAUUUAUACAAUCAACCAACUUUUUUAUCACGCUUUCUACUUAUCUUCGUCCUUCAUCUUAUAGGUUGAUGUCAGUCACUUUUUGUAUUUUCUUAAUUUUUUGAGAUUUUAAAACAUAAAAAAUUAUAUCGUGCUAUAUUUAUUUUGAUACUCAUGUACUGAAUUAAUUCAGUACGGUUGUUAGUUCCACUAAAAUAUUAGUUCCUUAUUUUUCAGUUUCGUAUAAAAGUGCCUUACUUUACGUCCCAGAAUUGAUAAAACUGUCAUAAAAGUUGAAUAAAUGCCUUCACUAAGUUUUACCUUUUAUGUGGUCCUCUGCUUCUUCUAUCUGCUAGCGGUCUCCACACUGUAAUUUUGUGGGUCCACAGCCCGUCAUUCAUUCUGGUCACAUGGCCCACCUCGUUCCACUUCAGCUAUGCUAUGCGCUCUAUGAUCAGUGCCGCCUGUCUUUUAACCCUGUCUCCGAGAGUCUGUCCAAGUAACAACCAUUCCAUUCUUGUUUAGGCUACUCUGAGUUUGAUUGCUGUGGUCUGGAUUAAGGAAAGUAUUACGGCGCCGUAAGUCAUGACUGGAAGCACACAUUUGUCGAACGUCUUUUUUGUUCAAAUAAUUUGGCAUGUUACUCUUGAAGAUGUCUGAUAGAGCUCCAUAUGCGGCCUUUGCUAAAUUGAUUCUUCUUUACAGUUCAGCUCUUUGGUUGUUCCUAUCAAUUUGAAUGAAUAAAAAUUGUCUUUUAUUUCUUGGAUUUCGACAUGUUAAGAAAAAUAUUAAAGCAAAAUGGAUCUUAAUUAUUAUUAGUGUUUAUCUUAAUUGAUUUUCUUUCUCAACAUUAAUGCUUCACUCUGAAACGCAUUGUAACUUUUACCGAACUUAAUCGGACUAUAAAUAUAUUAUAAAAUGGAUAUACAGAGUAACCAAAAACAUUUCUGGUUCAAGCUUAUUGCAGUAACGUCUAGAAAAUAAUGAAUCAUAAAUCUGUAGAUAGUGGUCAUAUAUUUGGUCAGGAAUUAAGCAACGUAAAUACUUACUUUAGUAAGUAAUUGCCAAUGAUUCUAAGUAUUUCUCACUUUUAAUAUUAUCCAAGAGAUGAUCUAGGGAGCUGAUAUUUGAGUAUAAUCUCCUGUGGUACUGAAUGGUGUAGGUUUAGUUAUACUAUAAACAAAAAAGCCAAACAUAUUGGCAAGGUCGUCUUUUGAAAGCUAAUGACAACCUACCGAGUAGCAAGAGGCCUAAUAUAGCUUUUCUAGAAUAGAUAUAUAUCUACUAAAAGCACAUAUGGGAUUGAGAAAAUGUGAUCAAAUUAUUAUUAUUCUUUCUGAAUCAUUUUUAUCAAUGUGUAGCCCAAAUAUAACAGGACUUUUUGAAAUAAUAAUUGGGUUCAUUGCUUUAUAUUAUCAGUAAUGCGUAGAAAAGUUAGACUAAUUUUUCGUGCCUUACUUAGUAAUUGCGUUACAGUGUGGCAGCUCUGUAAUUUUAAUACAAUAAUAGACAAUCGACAGUAAAUUGUUGGUUCGUCCUUCAUUGCUUUUCCGUAUUAGUGUAUGUACUGCACUUUUAGAGUCUAAUAGACUGCAUGCAUUCGCCGCUUCUAUACACCGUAACUUGUUAAUAUUAAUUUUAAUCGUCAUGGCUAUUUUUUCCUACUAAGAGUUCAUCUCUUUUUCAGAAUCUAAAGUUUCUGAAGAAAAAAGUAUUAACAGCAAAAAUUCUUUCGGUAAAUAUAUAAAAAAUAAUAAAGAUGUUAAAAGUCCUAAUUCAGAAGAAAACAUAAGUCAAACAAGAAGAAGUUUUAAAAACUGCUAAUUGAACAUACAUUUAGUAAUGACAUAUGUAGCGAUAAUUCAUUCAUGUAUUUACUGUAUUUGUUUUCAUGGGAAUUUCCUAAUGUUUACCUAACUUUCUUUAUUGUCUUAUUUUGUCAUAAAAUGGCAGAAAAAUAAAAGUUUUUACUCAAAAAAUCACAAUCAGUCUUAAUACUUGGGUGGUGCUAAAAGUGUUUUAAAAUUAGUUCCAGAUUUAUGAUUCAUUUAUUACAAGUCUAGACGAUUACUGACCCUGUGAUACUGUUUUAUAUAACUGUCUAUAUUUAUAUAUAACUAUAAAUAAGCUUGCGACAGAACUUAUUCUUCUGUGUAUAAAGCGAGAGGAAAGACUUGAACAGGAAAAUGUACAUAGUUCUUUUCUUUUUGAUAAGUAUUAGUAUAAAUGAAACAGCUAUGUAAUUAGUAAGUUACCAAAAUGUGCAUAGAUGAUUGUGUAAAGGAUAUUUUUAAUAUUCCCUAAUUGUGUAAUUAUUUAGUAACGAAAUUUUAAAUUCCGUUGCAGCCAAGAUUGUAUAAAUUUUCAGAAUUUCUUUUUGUAGGAUCUUUAAGAAGUAUACUUCCUAUUGAGAUUAUUGUUUUAACUUUUGCAGCAUGUUUAAAACGAUAUAUUUGACUAGUCUGAAAUAUAUUUGUUUUUCAGUAUACGAGAUUAUAAUAAAAAAAUUGUUGGCAAAAUAAAAAAACAUGUCACUGAAUUAAAAAAAUCAGUGAAACUAGUGUCUAUGAAACUUGCCGAAAACUGUUUUAUCUCGUUUUUUAUUAUUGAAGAAGUUUGUUGGUUUAUUAAUGUUUUAUAUGCAUAAUAAUAAUAAUAGUUUUCUUUCUUAAGUACCAGGUUGUUACAAUACUGUGGAGACCUUCAUAGCUGAUUGAAUUUUCUGAACAUCAUCACGGAAAUGUGGUGUGUAUUUAUGCGGAACUAUAUUGACAAUGUUUAUACCAAUAAAUUCUUUUCUCUAAGUAAUAUGGAUCGAAAGACAAAUUUAAAAUAUCCAUACCUUAGUUGUUUUGGAUUAGUGCAGUCAAAACUUUUACGAAAAAAUUAUUGCGUUACGUGAUCAUAAAUUUCGGCAAAAUAAUGAGGGGAAAAAUUACGAAACGGGAAGCUUAUAUUUCCGGUUCCGAGGAAAUUACAAACAACAUAAAGUCAACACCACCAACUAGUAUAUGGGAACAAUAUUAUAUACGCGUUUUUUAACUAUGGGGCCGUUCAAGUAUUACAUAAGCAUUGUAUUGUAUUAUUUACCCCUCCUCCAAUCCCCUUUGUCAACAAAAGUAAGUAAACCUCUUACCACCCCUCACAUUUUACGUAAACAUUGUGUUCUGUUUUUUUAUUGAUUCAUGAGCAACAGUUAUAAUUCAAAAAAUAGGAAAAUAGAUUUAGGAGAGAGGACUUUUACGCACAUGAUGGAGUCAUGUGCGUAAGUCGCCCAAAGAUGAUGGAACGCUCGCUACUUGGACUGACGAGACCAAGUGGAUACCACGAGCUGACAGAAGCAGAUUUAGACCACCUAUACGAUGGACAGACGACGUCAAAAGAAUCGCUGGGGAAUUGGCUGCAGGAAGCUCAAAACCGAUAGAACUGGAAGAGAUUAGGGGAGCCUAUGUUCUACCUUGGACGCAGAAGGCUGGAUGAUGAUGCUCGAUCAUUUUCAUCGAGCCAUUCAACAUCGUGGUGCUUUAAAUUUUGAAUAAAUUACAUCAGUUUAUUAGCUCGACGAUGGAUUAAGUUUUUAAUGGAUCUUCUCGAUGUGUCGAUUUAGUUAGGGAAUUUUGAGUGUAGCACUUAAGCGUAGAGCUAAUUUGACUAGAAGAUUGAGAAAUUGUCCUCCAUCAUCCAAAACCAAGUCAUUAACUGUUUGUUUUACUUUUACUGGUGGUGGAAGAAACCUCUUGUCUAGAGUCUAGUUAUGUAAAUAGGCCACUUCUUGGACGACAGUAUUCUGUUUCUACAUUUUACAAUUUGAAGCAAGUAUUGGCUUUCACGCACAUGUUUGAAUAACUUUAAUGUCUGGGAAAUCAGGAAAAUCUUAUUCACUCGGCCUAACAUAUUUUACAGUAAUAUUAUAGUCAUCAAUUUUAAUUGAAUUCUAUUUAUAGUUCAGCUAACACAUUUCCUUCAAACUUAAAAUUGGAUCUUUCUAAAUGUUCUGGAUCUUUUAUAUGUAGAUAUAUUUGUAUCGUUCAAAUAUAAAUAUAAUAUGUGAGUGGCAGUAUCUGUUAAAAAGUAAUAGGAUGCUGCUGACGUAAUCACCAUCUAGACCCGAACUCAUGUCAUCAAAAAUAAGCUAACCAAAGACUCUCCUUCCCUAUAGUAAUUACGUAAUACUUGAACAGCCCCGAUGUACCGCUUCACAUUCGUGUUAAUGCGAUUUCGUAUAGAUUGAGUUAUCUUCGUCUGUUGUUGUAAUCGUUCAGUGGCGGUUCAGUUACUUGAUUGUCUAGCUAAGUGUACCUUUUUUUUAACUUGUUUGUUAUUAACAUUGAUACACUUCUAGUGACAACUCCAGUUCUAGCAAUGUACACUACUGGACACUAACCAUACUUGUGAUACCCCAGAAUGAGUUUUUAAGAAUUCGCCCAAGCUAAAAAUGAUCCUUAUCUUUUAAAGAUUUUUUUUUAAUUGUAAAAAUAAGCUUUAUCGACUCUGACAAUAUUUUUAUAUACCUAUUUUGGAUCGUUCUUCUAAACAAAAAAGGUCUCUUGCCUUUUUUUUUAGUUGGUCGUUUUCGAGUUAUAGAAAUUUAAAACUGAAAAAAAAAAACAGGAUUUUUAACGCUCAAUAUCACAAGUAAAAAAUGUUAUUUUAGAGAUGGCCAAGUGCCUACGUUCAAGUUCAAACCUUUAGAUAUCAGUUAUCUAUGAUAAUUUUGAGCUUAUUUUAUUUUAAAAUAUUGUUUUUUAAUUGUUAACGAAGCGCUUAUAACAUGACGUGCUUUCGGUAGUUGUAGAUUUAUAAAUAUACCACUGACGUGCUUUUCGCCUUAAUAAGAGCAAAAUUUUUAUAAAGAACUGAUAUAUGAAGGUUUGAACUUAAAUUUAGGUACCUUAUGAUUAUAAAAAAUAUAAAUUGUUUUUGAGCCUUGAAAUCGUCAUAAAUUGUUUACAAAGUUUAUUUUUACGAAUUGUUUAUUUAAAAAAAAUGUUUAAAUAAAAUUGGGACCACUUUUUUCACUUUAACAACUUCUUGAACAUUAAUCUGAGUUGUCUGACGGAUAUGAUUAUGAAAAAAUGUUUCACGGGAAUAUUUUUUCGGACGAACACGAGCUUUUUGCCUUGUCUGAGUAGUUCCCCUUCAUUUUCGGAAGUGUCCAGUGCCAUAGUUUCCCGAUGACUGAGUAUGCUUUUCUUGUUGGAUCCAUUUUCCACGAGAAGCUAGAAAAUGGGCGAUUACUACCGGCAAUACUCUGCAUGCUGGGAGAGUCUCAAAUAAAUCUGUUACCCGGUGUUUAGCUGUCCUUAGCUUCUACUUAACGACUACGAGAGAGUAUGAAAAGCCUGGAUGGGAUGGGUGACUUUUCGGAACAAGUUUUAACAAAACUAGUCCCAGUUCAUGAGAUUGAAUUAGUCAGAAUAGUAGGUUCACCUAAUAAGAGACAGAAAGUUAGCAAACAAGAAUAAUGGUACUAAACAUAUAGUCCCAACAAAAAAUAUUUUACGACUGAUAAAAUGAUUCAUUAUGUUAAAAUAAUUGAAUACGUAAUGAAAUCCGAUGUUUUUCUAAAAUUGGAUUAAUAUUUUAAAACUUUGGCUUGAAUUGCAUUCGUGUCCAUAGAGCUAGUAAUUUUAGCUACUACACAAGCGGGUAAAAUACGAUUUAAAGAUCUCAUUGUGAUAUUUUUUUUGUCAAUUUCAAUUUGUAAACUUUGAGUUUUUUAAUUCCAGUGUGUACAGUUUAUUUGGUGGCAAAUAAGGUUAUGAAUCGGACUGCGCACUUCUUAAAUAUCUAUUACUACACUAUAUAUAUACACUUAUAUUUUAGAAUGAUUCGAUUGCUUAGCCAAAACAUAAAAAGUAUAUGUAGGGCCAGAAAGCAAAAUUGCUUUACUGGUUUUGUUUCAGCCUAACAUAUACUAGUAUAUAUUCUAUAUUUUUAUACGUUUUAUUCCAUUUUGCCUCGAAACCGUUUCCCUUUGAUAUACUAAAGUUUUUUUCUUCCCUCGCUAUUUAUUUUACAAUUUUAUGAUAUAAAAACAUAUCUAAUCUUUAUAUACAUUCGUUUGUAUUGAAUGAUUCUGUAUCGUUUGUAUUAUGUAUACUUAUUUUAUUGUAUAUGUACCACUAGUUAUAUUUAAUAUUUUUUUAAUAUACUCUUGUUGC